AACAAUGGAGGGACCAGCUCAGAGUAUUGGUGAAUUAACACUUAUUUGUCUCGAUUUAGCUGCGAGAAUUGAAGAAGCGACAACUAGAGAAGAGAAAAUAUCAAUCAUUAAUGAACAUAUAGAGACGUACACACUAGAGAAGAUACCUAUGGUGGAUUUUGAAGCUGGGUUAGAAUGGUUCAAUGUUUUUCGACCUCUGACUCUGGCCGGGGACCUGAAGGGACGAGUGAGUGUACUGGACUUCUUCACGUAUUGUUGCAUCAACUGUAUACACAUACUGCCAGACCUGAAGGCCCUGGAGGAACAGCACCCAGCCACAAAUGAAGAAGUUCUGGUGGUAGGCGUCCAUUCAGCCAAGUUUGAUAAUGAACGUGUGUCUGCGAACAUUUUGGCUGCCAUACAGAAAUACAACAUCCAUCAUCCAGUUGUCAAUGAUUCCCAAGCAAAGAUGUGGACAGAGUUGGGCAUUGCAUGUUGGCCCACUCUCCUUAUACUUGGUCCUGACGCCUCUCCACUAUUUGUGUUAGUCGGGGAGGGACACAGCGACCGCCUCCAGCUUUAUGUUGACACGGCAGUAAGAUACUUUUCUAGUUCUGGGCGUCUGAGCAAGACUGCAGUUCCCCUGGCCCCGUUGAAGCAUUAUCAAGCAACUGGCUCUCUUUUACUGUAUCCUGGGAAAGUUGCAGUUCACCCAGGAGGUCUUAUUGUGUCAGAUUCCGGUCACAACAAAAUCUUGCUGACCGAUUUCGAGGGGAGUGUUACGAAAGUGAUAGGUUCAGGAGAACAAGGCUUCACUGAUGGAUCAUUUGCUGUUGCCAGUUUCAACAACCCUCAAGGAGUAGUUUAUCAUCACCCAGACACACUGUACAUAGCUGACACUGACAAUCAUGCCAUCCGCCAGGUGGACAUUAUAACAGAGACUGUGAAAACCAUCGCUGGUACGGGGAAGCAAGGAACAGACUUAGAAGGGGGCCAAGUUGGGACUUUGAUGGCCAUCUCCUCCCCCUGGGACUUAUGUCUUGGAAGAAGUUUGGAUCAGGCUGAGGAUGGACCGGAAAAUUUACUCCUGGUGGCCAUGGCGGGAACUCACCAAAUCUGGGGUGUUUUCCUCUCAAAUGGCAAAUGGCUGAAAGGAAGCUCCUACAGUAAAGGAACUGUAGUACGCUUGGCAGGCAGUGGGGCCGAAGAAAAUCGCAACACAUCGUACCCCACACGGGCCGGGUUUGCUCAGCCCUCGGGACUAACGCUCGGCACUCAUUCUGGAGCAGCUGUGCUCUACAUCGCUGACUCUGAAAGUUCUUCUGUCAGGAAAAUGAAUUUAACGGAUGGAGCUGUCAAGGCUGUGGUUGGGGGAGCUCGGGACCCUCUUGAUUUGUUUGCCUAUGGUGAUGUUGAUGGUAGUGGUGUUGAGGCUAAGUUGCAGCACCCCCUGGCUGUGGCUGCUGUUGGAGACCGUGUGUACGUCGCCGACUCUUACAACCAUAAGAUAAAGGUCGUCCGUCCAUCAGGGAAGACCUACAUCCUAACGACAGUGGCUGGCGGUCAAUACACAGAGAAAAACAAAGAUGAGGCCUCUGACUCAAAGUUGAAUGAACCUGGAGGCCUUUGUGCAAGUGUGGACGGCUCCUGUCUGUACAUCGCUGACACCAACAACCACUCCAUCAAGGUCUUGUCCCUCACUGAUCACUCUAUAAGACAGUUACCCAUAAGAUUAGUCGACGAAAGUGACAGUUCGAGCCAAGAUUUAUUAAACUCGGACGCAGAGGUGGAGGAAGUGGUGGUUGAAGUUCCAAGUGGGAGGGAAGUCCAAGUCAUCCUGAGAAUUAAGGCCAGUCUCCCAGAAGAAGCAAGUCUUAAUAAUGAUGCUCCUAACAAGUGGACUUUAGACACAAGUGGUUCACAAGUUACAGUGACAUCAUCUGAGGGUAAACUUCAGGAGGAAACAGACGUGCCUAUUACUCUUCAGCCGAUCUCUGACGCAGCCUCAGAUACCAAACUGAAGCUGUUGUGUGUGAUGUUCGUGUGCCUUAACAGCGGUGUGUGCGUGACGACCCAGUCCAAGUUUGAGGUCAGGUUCAGGAGCAUCAUAGAGUCAUCACAGUCAGCUGAGGAAGAUGAAAUUAUUGUUAAUAUUCCACUACAAGGUAAAGCUCUUCCAAAUUAUCACUGAAAGGAUGCCAUGUGUAAGAGGAUGCUGUGUGUAAGAGGAUGCUGUGUGUAAGAGGAUGCUGUGUGUAAGAGGAUGCUGUGUGUAAGAGGAUGCUGUGUGUAAAGGGAGAUUUUAGUCUUCUGUUUAUGUACUUUUCACUUCUUCCAGAGUCGAGCAUUGUUUCAUGUUGUAUUGACUCAAGCCUAUACUGAACCUGUGAUAGUUGGAUCAGUCAUUAACCAGAUUGAAAGCCAAAGUGACUGCAUUUUAUAUUUCUCAUAUUGGUAAGAUAUUACUGCAUUUAUUGUGUGUGUGUGUGUGUUGCUAAAUUCGAUAAUUACAGAUGUUCCUCUUCUUACAAAUGAUUCACAUACCUGAAGCUUAUUCUUAAGUUCAUUCAUUCUUAAGUCCAACAAACAUUACAGUAUUGUAAAAAACUAAAUAAAAUGUAAAAAUAAAGUAUGUCCAGUAAAGCCAUACAGUACUGCAAUAAUGAAUACAUCACAUUAUUCUACAGUAUAAUUUAACAGCAUUUUAAUGUAUAAAUACAGUCAAUUGGUCAUAUGGACAAGUUUUUCAUAUACAGUAUGUGAAAGUUCCCUGGAUAAUUCUAAUGUUGGUAAGUAGAGAAGCACCUACCCUGUAUACUGUACUCACCCUCUGGUUCUGUACGACAUAAGAAAGUAUCAUUACAUUUCUUAUUCAUCUUUAUUAUCUCAUCAACAUACGUCCAGCCUCAUGAUCCACCACCCCACCUUUUUUUUUAUUUACCUUUGAAAGAAUUCUAUGCAACUUCUUAUAAUUGUGUAAUGUUAAUGAGGUGUGUCUUACUCUAACGUCAAUCAUGAACUUAGUCGAUAUUUACAGUUGCUUCUCCCAUAAGUCUUCAGUCAGUACUAUUAGUUACUUUUUUUUAUUCUAAUUUAUAAAGUUUUACAUUAGUAUUUCUUGUAUGUAACUUUGAUCUUGGUUUUCAAAAGAAGAGGAAAAAAUUGUGUUAAUCCAUACAUAACUUUUGAAUAUUAACUCAAAUUAUGUAACUUGCCGUGUCACUUCUAAAUAAGGUUUGUAGUAGACCUUUUAAUAGCAUACACACAUAUACCCAGCCUAGCCCAACUCAGCCCAGCCUAACCCAGUGCAGCCCAGUCUAGUCCAACCUAGCCUAACCCAGCCCAGCCUUACUCAACCAAUAUUGUUUGGGAAGAUUUUCCUUUAAAACUCUGUUAUGCUUGAUGGCAAAAUGUUACCAAUAUGAUAUACUUAUAGUAGUGAACGUAAUGCACAAUAAAUGGUUCUACUAGUUUAAUCCUCUGACUGUUAAAUUACCCACGUAUGGUUAGAUUUCUUGUAGACUGGAACCACAGCAUCUUUCUGUACUUCUUAGUCAUAAAUGAUGGCUCUUUUAGGUCUUUACUACUGAACAUUUACAGGAUGUGCAUUCUGUGUACUGUAUUAUAUUUAUUUAAUAUUUCACAUACCUUAAAUGAAUCUACUUUGUUUUAUAUGAAUAAACAAUGAAAUAACAGCAUAUUUAGACAUGCAGGGCUCUCUAGGGUGUACACAAUGGAUAGAACCUCAUCUCUGCACCUUAUUAACUCCUUACAGUAUUAUCUUGUUGUCAGGAUCAGCUGGAUGUGAAGUAAAUACAGAAUACUGUAUUAUGAAAUCAUUGAAAUAGCUCCUGUACUUUUGUGACCCAUGGAAAAUAAGAAAAUGGUGUUGAGUUUCGGUAUCUGGUACGUUGGUGAGUCGUAUUACUGAGAAAAGCAUCAAAAUGUAUUACAGGGUAUAUAUCCAAUACCGUACAGUAUCCUUUCAUUGCUUAUUAGUUCUUCCAUAUGAAUAUCUCUAUUGUACUGUAUCUCCUGCAGUUAUUUGGUAGGAGUUGUUUUGUGUGGUGAAGAUUUAACUCGCUUCAUCCUCGUGUUAGUAGUGAUGAUUAACUUGGCUUGUUGUCUCUCUUGUAGUGAAGGGACUUUGUAAUAACUACCUCUUUGUUACUUAAAACUGACACCCUUUUCUGUACUGUACUUCACUCCCUUUGACGUGACACAACAGGCAGUAUUGAACUUAACAAAUGAAGUAACAACAUACUGAGUCUUCUUGAUUAUUAUGCUCGAAUACUUUAAGUUAGCAGCAACAAAAAGUCUUUCCAAGCAACCAUUCUUAUAUUGUAUUAACAUUAAGUUGAUAUUUAAGAUGAUGUAUGUACUUGUAGCCUAAGAUGUGUACUACAGUGAAGCCUCUAUAUAUUAGAUUUCUUUCUCCAUGUAACCCAUUAGAUGGAGGUUUCACAUCUAAAGCCCUUCCACACGAUCGAACAGUGCCCGGCGGGCUUUGCCCGUUUACCGGGCAAAGCCUGUGUGUUGUUGUACACACGGGGGUGGUUGGCGGCAGUCAUAGUCGGGCGCCGGUAGCUAGUAGGUG